CGCAAUGGUUAAAUUCUACCCAUCUUUGUUCUGCUACAAGGACAUUCCCGCUAUUCAUGUUCUUUUAUCCUAAAACCAGGUCCUGUUUGGAAAGCUGUUGAAAGAAGACAAACUAAAGGAAACUGUGAAGCCCAGAACCCAGUUGUGAGCUUUAUGCUAAGCUGUCUUCCAAGAAUGGCUGUGGAGUCUAGAGUACUUUCAACCCUGGGAACUCAGGAUCCCCGGGAACAAGAACUGCUACUAGUGAAAGUAGAAGAGGGCCUCUCCUGGGAGCAGAAAUCUAAACAGGAUGGGACUACCCAGUCUUUCCAAGAAAUGUUUCGCCAGCAGUUCAGGAAGUUUUGUUACAAGGAGACUCCUGGGCCUCGGGAGGCCCUGGGCCGGCUGCAGGAGCUCUGCCAUCAAUGGCUGCAGCCAGAGGUGCACACAAAGGAGCAGAUCCUGGAACUGCUGGUAUUAGAACAGUUCCUGAGCAUCUUGCCCGAGGAGCUACAGAUCUGGGUUCAGCAACAGAGUCCACAAAGUGGCGAGGAAGCUGUGACCCUUUUGGAGGAUUUGGAGAGAGAGUUUGAUGACCCAGGGCAACAGGUUCCAGCUAGUCCACAGGGUCCAGCAGAGCCAUGGAAGGAUCUGGCAUCUCUUGGAGCAUCCCAAGAGUCAACAAACAUCCAACUCCAGCCCUUAAAGAGACAGCUGAAAUCCUGGGAACCUUGCCGUUCUUCCACCAAUGAUUGUGGGAAUGAUGAUUCAGUACCAAAGAAAGAAAUUUUGGGAGAAAAUUCACAGGGACCUACCCUAGAACCUUCACUUGGAGAAGUUGGUGGACAGGAAAACCAUUUAGAGUGGCAUCAAGGAAGUGCUUCAGACGAGAAAGUAAGAGCCCCUUCCAAAGGAGACAGUUUUAGUCAAAUAAUCACACAUAAAUCUUUAGGAAAAAGAGACCAACAUGAUAAUCAUCAAAGAAGCUUGAUUCUGAAUACAAACUCUAGAACAAGUCAGAAAGUUCAUAGAGAAGAGAGACCGUAUAGAUGUGACGUGUGUGGGCACAGCUUCAAGCAACAUUCCUCUCUAACACAACAUCAGAGAAUCCAUACUGGAGAGAAGCCCUACCAGUGUAACCAGUGUGGAAAGGCCUUUAGUUUGAGGUCAUACCUUAUUAUUCAUCAGCGGAUUCAUAGUGGGGAGAAAGGAUAUGAGUGCACUGAAUGUGGGAAAGCCUUCAAUCAGAGUUCAGCCCUUAUUAGACAUCGGAAAAUUCAUACUGGUGAAAAAGCUUGUAAAUGUAACGAAUGUGGCAAAGCGUUCAGUCAAAGUUCAUAUUUGAUUAUACACCAAAGAAUUCACACAGGUGAAAAACCCUAUGAAUGUAAUGAGUGUGGGAAAACCUUUAACCAAAGCUCAAAGGUUAUUAGACAUCAGCGAAUUCAUACAGGAGAAAGACCUUAUGAAUGUAAUGAAUGUGGAAAAGCUUUCAGGCAGAGUUCAGAGCUGAUUACCCAUCAGAGAAUACAUAGUGGGGAGAAACCUUAUGAAUGUAAUGAAUGUGGAAAAACCUUCAGUUUGAGUUCAAACCUCAACAGACAUCAGAGAAUUCACAGUGGAGAAGAACCUUAUCAGUGUAAUGAAUGUGGCAAAGCCUUCAAAAGGAGUUCAGCUCUAACUCAACAUCAGAGAAUCCACUCUAGGGAUGAAGAUUAUAUAUGUAAUGAAUGUGGGAAAGCUUUCAGACACCGAUCAGUCCUUCUACGCCAUCAGAGAGUCCACACUGUAAAGUAAUUGGUGAAUGCACUGAUUAUUGUAAAUAUUUUGGUCACAUUCUUUGAGUCGAAAGUGUUUAGAGCAAAGUUCCAUAAAGGUUGUAAACUACUACAUCUUCAAUCAGUCUAACUUGCAAAUGUACCACUUUCUAGUGCUAAAGAUAGUUGACCCUUGGAAGAUUUUCUGGUGCAUAAUAAAAUAACCAAAAAGCUAA